AUGGCAGAUCCUGUUGCGAGGUCGCCUCCAGCGAAUUUGUAUAGCAUUCUUGGAAUCUCCAAAGCUGCAUCCCUUGCAGAUAUUAGCAAGGCCUACAAAUCUUUGGUUAUGAAAUGGCAUCCCGAUAGAAAUACAUCCAAUAAAGCUGAAGCUGAAGCCAAGUUCAGCACCAUCAACGAAGCCUACAGGGUUCUGAGUAGCAAAAAACGAGAGGAAAUAAAUGGAACCAGUCAUGAUGAUCCAAAAACACCGGAAAAUUCAUAUCACCAUCGAUCCUCCUCAGAUGAUGAUGGACAAUUCGUGAUUUCCAGCCCUACGCUGCUUUCCAGCACAAGCACCCGCAUCACCCCUACAGGCACUCCAAGGUCGUCGGACGGUUCGAGCCACAGGGGAUACUACAGCGGUGCUCCUUCGCCCAGAAAUUUCUAUGGCCAUUCGAGAAGUCCCAACGGGACUGAUACCCCAUCAACCCCGACCACCCCAGAGCCACCCCUCGUUUCUUUAUCAAAAAUAACCAGCAAAAGAGCCACAAACCCCAUUAUUUAUUCACAGACUACGGCUCGGAGGAAAGCUCAGCCCAUACAGAAGAAGCUCGAAUGCACGCUGGAGGAGUUAUGCCACGGAUGUGUCAAGAAGGUCAAGAUAACCAGAGAUGUCAUCUCAAAUGCAGGGAUCAUCGUUCAAGAAGAGGAGAUACUGAGGAUCAAAGUAAAGCCAGGGUGGAAGAAAGGAACGAAGAUCACAUUCGAAGGGAAGGGGGACGAGAGACCGGGAAUGCAUCCAGCGGAUAUAAUCUUCAUAAUCGAUGAGAAAAGACACCCCCUUUUCAAGAGAGAAGGUGAUGAUUUGGAGCUGGGAGUUGAGAUCCCCUUAGUUCAGGCUUUGACAGGAUGUACAAUUUCUGUUCCUUUAUUAGGAGGGGACCAAAUGGAUUUAUCCAUAGGUGAUAUAAUAUUCCCAGGGUACGAGAAAAUCAUUCCCGACCAAGGCAUGCCCAUCUCUAAACAACAUGGUAGGAGAGGAGACCUUCGGCUCAGGUUCCUUGUUGAAUUUCCGACAGAUUUGAGCAAACAACAGCGCUCGGCAGUCGUUCGUAUUCUUGAAGAUUGUUGUUGAUAUCAGCAAGACCUGUGUCGUUGUUCCUCUGGUCUUUAGCAGAAUUAAUCAGUUUGCCUCACAGAAAUAUGUAAAUGGUGUUAGUAUUAGGCAGAACAUCAAUGUACUGGCUCAUAUAGAUAUGCUAACUUAUCUCUGAAGAUGCAUCCCAGCAAUACAUCUUUGAAUAGAACAAGCAAAUUAUGCCUUGCCGGAGAUGACUGAGCUUUGAAUAGAACAGAGAAUUUUGAGAUGA